AUGCACGGAUUCUCGAUCGCCGCGGCGGCAGCUUACGUCGUCGCGACUGCGUAUGCAUAUGACUUCAGCUCGCCGCUGUCACAACGCGUGAUCCUCUCCUCGUCGGCAAAGGCAUUUCAAGUUGCCUCUGUCGAUGGUAGAACUUCGUUGGGCGACAGCUGCAACUCCACGCUGGACUGCCCAUCUGGCACAUCCUGCGUCGCGGGCAGCGCACUGGAAGCUGUCCAGUCGUGCGUACAAGACCCUGUUUGCGGCGGAAACUUCCCUGGCAAUUGCCCCGGCCUCAUCAGCUCUGGCCAACUCGUGUGCGCGUGGAGUCCUGUCAACGCGUCUUCGUGCAGUGGCUCCGUCGACUCAUGCACUGCUUUCGGAGGGAUUCCCGGGAUCUACAAGUGCUAUGUUGGUGCGCAGUGCGAAUCGUCGGACGCGACCACGAAAGCCCCAUUGACGCCUGUAACACCUUCGGCCACGUCGGGCCAAAGCAAAGGUCCAUCGCCUGACCAGGACUCGAAAACGAACUGGUCCACGAUCAUCGCGGUUAUCGUGAUCAUCGUUGCUGUUGCCGCAAUAGCCGUGGUCGCGUAUUUGAUUGUCGCCAAGAAGAAACGCGAGCGUGAAGCAGCCGAACUGCGGGCUCUGAUCAACCGCGAUGACGAAAACGAAGGCGAGCGGGUGACCACCCCAAAAUCGGCGAUUCAAGUGCUCUAA